AAAUUUAUCAUUUAAUAUUAUAUAUUUUUAGUAUAUAGCAAGACUAUUACCAGAAAGUAACACUGUUUCAAACAAACUAUUGAAUCAAGUAUAUGAACAAUUCCACAUGUUGCACUCUCUCUUACAAUUAAGGGAGAUUGAACUGAUAUCACAACUUGAAGAAAUCUCCAAUCAAAAUUUAGAGAAAUUAGAAUACAUGCAUCAUACAAUUUCUCAACAUCAUAAAGAAUUAUCAUCAGUUUUACAAGAUGCAGAACAAGCAAUGGAAAAUAGUUUAAUUUCAAUGAAUAUUGUUGAUGUUGUAAAAAAACUUCUUUCUGUUAAAGAGUUGCCAUGCUACCUUGUACCAGUAACAACAGAACAAACAGAUGAAGUAAAAAUUCAUUUCAAUCCAGAUUUUCAAGAUAUGAUAAAAUCCUAUGGUAAAAUUGAAGCAUUUAUUACACCAAAAUAUACAUUAAGAAAUGAAUCUGAAAUACCACCUGGAUUUGAGGAUGAUAUCAUUGAAGAGAUUCCUACAGAUACAGAAUCAGUUACUUCUCGAUCUGAAUCAUUUUCGGAAGAUAUACCUGACAUCUCAGUUUUAUCUCAGAAGCCAAAUAGUAGUAAAACUAUAAAAGAAGACAAUGUAUUUGUUACUCAUAUACAAAAUCCUUCAAAUUUCUGGGUACAAAAAUUAAAUGACUCACGAAAAAUGAAAGGUUUGACAGAUUCAAUAAAUAAAUGGUGUUAUAGUUCAGAAAGCUCAAAAUGUAUUCCAUUAUCUUUAAAAAUAGGUAAGCUAUGUUUUUUAUUUUAAGAUUAAA